AUGGCAAAGAGAAGAAGUAAAAUUGUUUAUGCUCCCAAGUCACGACGUAGAAGCAGUGGAACUGAUAGAAGUCAGUCAGCUUCAUCUUAUGAACAAGACACGAAAGAAACUUCGAGAAGGAAUAAACGGCCCGGUGCAAAUAAUGAAGCUGCCGAGGCUGCUGCUUCAAAUUUGAGCUCGAAUGUCGAAAACAGUCAACAAUAUUCAAACUCAAAGGUACAGUGUCAGAUCAAACAUUUAAACUGAGGCUUUCUUUUCGCGAUAUUCGGACACAUCAAAAGUGCUUCACUUAGCCACUCUCUAAUUUGACAAUCAAGCGUUGUACAGGUAUUACAGUAUCGUAUGUUGUGGUGGUUCAGUGUUAUCCCUGGUUUGAAUUUUUUUCUCUUAUUGUUUUUGGGUAUGGUAAUGUAUAAUAAUAAGUUUAAAACAAAGGAAAAUAAAAUUAAACCACGGGUAAAAUUGAACCACAACAUAUACAUGACAGAACAGUUUGUAAAUUUUCAUUAGCCUGGUAUCGUUUUCUGUUCUUCACACCACUCCUGACUUUUGAAGCCAUCAGUUUUCGCUGCACGUUCAGUAGUCACAGGGACAAAACCCACUUGUUUGUUUUCAAAAUGGAACACAGUAACUAAAAAAAAGUUUGAGUUACCAGUACUGUUUUCAGGGGAUCUAUCAUUGUGAUCACAGAAACAAAUCAUUGCAAAAUGUCAGUGGGAGCAGCAGUGGUAGCUGGCUGUAAAGACUCAGAAAUAUACUGCAAACUUUAGAAAUGCUGGACCUGGGUCUCUGGAGUGAGACCCAGAGCAUAUCUUAAACUGAAAUAAAUUGAUUAUUAGGUAACAAACUGAUCCUUAAAGAGGAAAAGGAGGGAAAAAAGAAUACUAUGUUUUUUAUUGCCUUCACUUUAGUACUGUCUCAAAAUAUCUGUUCUUUUUUCUUGAUAAUAAAGUUCUUUUUUUUUUUAGUACAUUAAAUAUUUUUUUGUUACUUGGUCAGCAGAGGAAAAAAAGAAAUGGUUCUGCCACUGAUAAAGGGUCAUCUCCACAUGAGUGCUCAACAUCAGAACAAGCUGAAGGUACAGAAUCUUUUGUCUUUAAACGUAUAAAACUCUAACCAUCAAUUACGUAAUAUGGUUGAUAAUUUUUAGACAGAGUCAUCCAUUUUAGUUUUAUCUACCCUGGGAGGGUAGACUCUAGAUCAUCUACUCUUGAAAAGUGUCAGGCCUGUUGAAAAAAACAAGGUGUCUGCUCUAGCAGGCUGAGUUUUAUCAGGCACUGUUGAGGGUGACCCCCCUUUACCUCACCCAGGGUUCUCAUAAAGUGCAGGAAACCGGCUAAAAUAAUGGCCACCUUGAGGUUUGAGCACUGUACUUUUUGGGGAGAAGGGGUAAAAUAGGGAAUGAAAACUUGAAAUUGCCUGCAAUACUCAUUUGCUAAGCCACCUUCUCUAACAUCCUAGCUGUCUCCUCUAAAACUUAAUGAGAACCCUGCUCACCAACAACCCCCUCACCCAUCAUAAAGCUUGAUUUUACAGUCAACUCUUGCCUUGCAGACACCCCCCUAUUACAGAAGCUCCAAUAAUACCUGUAGACAGCAGUUAAAUCCUCAACAAAAAUAAAUUACAGUGUAAUUCAAUAAAUUAGUAUUAGUCCCACACAGCAAGUUGUGACUGUCACCUAAUGAACGGCAAAAAUGUCAUGAUCAGUUUACAAAGUGGUUAUCAUGAGGGAAAAGAUAUAAUAUUAGACAGGCCAUAUUGGGUUUGUGUUUAUAUCCAUAUUGGCUUUGUGUGUUUGUGUCACGUGACCAAUGCUUCCUUUAAACAAUGAGUUGGAAUCUUGCUGAUGCCAAAAAUUGACAGAGCGCAUAAAAAUUAUCAUACACCCGAAAUUUGAAAGGAAACACAUUUAACGAAGAUAUUUUAUGGCACUUUGAUUUUACGACAAAGUAGUAUGAAUUGUAUUGGCAGCCAUGUUGGAGGGCAUACUCUUUCAAAUGGCCUAUAGAGGGACAUUUUUGUGAGGCCUCCUACUGCAUGUUGAAGUUUAACUGAAUAAGCCUUGGAAAGAACCCAUUCUUGAGAAUAAUGUUUGUCCUCAUUUUAAUUAAAGGUGAAACUGAAGAUACCCACAGCGAACAAAAGGUAGUAGAGUUGAAGAGAACUUAUCCAAAAAGAAACAAAACUGUAAAAGCUGAUGAAGCCCCACAACGUAUUAGAGAUAUGACUGUUACAAAGAAAGCUUAUUCUAAGUGGAAGCCACUAAGCUCAUCAACGAAGAAAUACACGAAGCAAGUCCUAGAAAGCACAAUUUUGUAAGUGAACUAAAAAUAAUAAUAAUAAUAAUAAUAAUAAUAAUAAUAAUAAUAAUAAUAAUAAUAAUAUUGGUCGUUGAGUACCUAAUUAAUUAAUAAAUUGUUAAUAAAAUGUCCCAGUUUGCCAAAAACUGGGCAGUAUUGUAAAUUUUCUUUAGUUACUGAGUCAUACAAAUCACACAAAG